AUGGCGCUAGGACGUCUGCCGCCGGACGCCGGUCCUAAGUUGCUGACCUUGGACUUGAUUCCUGGCUUGUCGAUGCAGCGGAGUAGCGGGGAAUACGACGGCUGCCGCCGACAGUCCUCUUGGUCGCUUCCGUCCACACACAACCAGAUAAUUAGGCAAGAUUACCUGGAGGAGCAUCGGCGGCUCUCCCCGGCCGAAGCUGCGCUGCGGAGUGAUGCCCGUCUAUCGUUGGCAGGCUCUGUAGCGCGGCAAGCCGCCUACUGGCGGCAGCGGGGGAAGUGUCGUGCCGUUGCGGAGGGGGACGAGAACACCGGCUACUUCCAUGCCCGGGCGUCCAAACGGCGUCGGGGAAAUGCCAUCCGGGUGCUCGCUGUCAACGGAGUCGAGCUGGUCGCUCACAACGCUAAGGAGGCGGCGCUGCGACCAUUCUUCUCCAACCUGAUGGGCCGGGCCCCCCACACCUCCUGGGGGGCGGAGAUCCGGGCCGCUGUCUUCGCGUUGGACCGGAGUAGCGCUCCUGGCCCGGACGGGCUCGGGCCCGCCUUCUACCAGGCCGCUUGGCCGGCGGUAUCGGGAGACCUGCAGCGCUUCUUCGACGACGUACAUGGAGGCACCGUGUGCCUCGACGGGGUCAACAGGGCCCUCAUCGCUCUGCUGCCCAAGAAGGAGGGCGUGCCAACCCCUGGAGAUUUCCGUACCGUCUCGCUGCAGAACGGUGACGUGAAGAUCCUCCGUAAGGGGCUGACCACGCAGCUCCAGCGUCAGAUCGGCGACCUCAUCGAUGCGGAUCAGUCCGGCUUCCUGUCCGGCUGUAUUAUCUCAGAGAACUUCGUCUAUGCGGCAGAGCUCGUGCAGUGCUGCUGUAAGCGGGGGGCCCCUACGCUGGUGUUCAAGCUUGACUUCGCCAAAGCCUUCGACUCCAUUGCCUGGCCCAGCCUUCGACGGAUCAUGGAGGUGUGGGGGUUCCCGGCCGCUUGGUGUGACUGGAUGGAUCUCAUCCUCAAGUCCUCGAAAGCUGCUGUCCUGCUGAACGGGGUGCCAGGGAGGUGGUUCGCGGUCUGCAAGGGGCUGCGGCAGGGGGACCCCGUCUCCCCUUGCCUGUUUCUCCUGGUCGCCAACGUGCUCCAGCGCAUGAUCCGGGCGGACGGGGCUCCCCGGCACCCGCUAUGUGAGGGGGCGCCGCCGGUGGUGCUCCAGUAUGCUGACGACACUUUGAUCAUCAUGCGCGCCUCUCCGGAUGGGGCGACUCGGCUACGUGUCAUCCUUGACCUAUUCGCCACCGCGACGGGGCUCGUCAUCAACUUCGCCAAGAGUACUCUCGUCCCCAUGCAUGUUGCUCCGGAUGUGCUCGAGGCCGUAGUGGCCGCCUUCGAGUGCACGGUUGGCUCCUUCCCGCAAACUUACCUGGGGUUGCCGCUCUCCUGCGACAAGCUCAAGAUCGACGACUUUGCCCCCAUGCUCGCUAAGGUGGACCGGUACUUGGUGGGGUGGCGUGCGAGGCUGCUGUCCCCCGCGGGGCGUUUGGUGCUCAUCAACGCGGUCCUGGACUCCAUCCCCACUUACGCCAUGGCUGCCAUGCGUCUUCCGCCGGCCGUCUUGGCCAAGCUGGACGGGCUACGCCGGGCGUUCCUGUGGAAUGUUGCUGAUCGAGGCUCUGGUGCUGAGUGCCUCGUCGCCUGGACCGCGUCUCUGCUUCAUCGCCUUCACUCCGGCGUGCCGUCCCGGUGGGCCUCCUGGGUUUGGGACCAGCUGGCCGGCAGGGCCCUCCUGGGCCGCAGCCGCUCCCCCCUCCAGGGAGAGCACUGGAGUGCCCUCCUGGGGCAGCAGCCCCUCUAUUGGGCCCUCACAAGGGUCGCCUUGGGGGACGGGAGGUCGACCUCGUUUUGGCACGACGACUGGCUCGCUUGUGGGGCGCUCCGGGUUGCCUUCCCUGCUCUCUACACUCAUGCGGCCUGCUCGGAAGUAUCGGUGUGGGCGGCGCGUAGACAGGGGGUGCGUGCCAUGCUCGUGCUCCGGCUCACCCCCCGGGCCGUUGGGGAGUGCGCUGCCGUCCAACUUCUGAUGGAUGAAUGCCCCCCUGGGGAUGGGCAGGACUCCCGGAUCGCCGCGCUGUGCGCAACCCCCGGUGGAGGUUUCUCGCCCCGAGGUGCGUACGCCCUCUCGCAGUUCGGUGGGGUGGAGUCGCCGUCGGCGUCCUUCCUCUGGUCGUCACGGGCGCCGUCGCGAGCCAAGUUCUACGGAUGGUUGCUCUCCAUGUCUCGCAUUCAUACGCGGGAUGUGCUCCUCCGUAAAACCAUCCUCACGGCUGCGGAGGUUGGGUGCCUUUGCUGCGAUGCUGUGCUAGAGACCGCCGACCACCUCAUUUUUGGCUGCCCGUUCGCGGUGCGUUUUUGGCGGAGCGUCGGCGUGUCGCCGAACGGAGCUGUGGUUGGGUCUCUUCACCUCCUGGACGUUUCUCCGGCAGUCGGUGCUGCCUCGCCGGCCGCCUUCGUCCUCGUCUGCUGCUGGAGGCUCUGGAAGCGGCGAAAUGCUGUCGUCUUCAGGGAGGAUUCACAGUCCCUUGUUGCUAUGUUGAAGGCCUGUCGGGAUGACGUGGUGCUCUGGCGUGCACGGCUGAAGGCUGCUGAUCAUUCCCACAUUGAUGUCUGGUUGUCUGUGCUUAGAGCUCGUGAGUUGGUCUGA